CUGCUUAAAGAUUUAGAUAACAUCAGAUACUUAUUUCGGUGGAAAUUAGAGCAUACAUCAUAAUAGAAUAUUUCCUCAACGCCUCAUUUCUCCAUCUCAGCCAGUAAUCAUUCGCAAUAUGAGACAUUCUAGGCAUGACCCCGAGCGAUAUUAUGUGCUGAUUAACUAAGCCCGCGUCUCCCUGCAGCCCAUCCCUCAAUACCUAACUUUCGAACCUUGGAUACUAAUAAGGAAGUUGUAAUCAGACAUAUCAAACUUCGUUCCUCAAGGCUCUUUUUGCGCAAACCGCGACCGGUUUGCCUCUCCUGUGAAAAUAGAAGUGUGCCAGUGAUGUUCUCCCGAUAGCCAAAUUCGAUUGGUCCGACACUCCCACCAAAUCAACCGUCGCUUCUGCCUGCUACUCUCCACCCGACGCGCUAUGCCCCACAGCAGCGCUAGGAGAGGAGACCGCCGACUGCGGACAUGGACAUGGACGGGAGCGAGCGCCUCCAUCGAACAAACUCUUGUGCUCAUUUUUACCAUCAGCCGUUGCGUCUCUCCCAAAAUAGCUUGUACUGUGUCGGGCCAAUCAUUGCGGAAUGCACGAAAGAGCUUCUGCCUCCUCGGCGGAAGUCCAAGUCGCAACUCAGCCACGCCACAGCCUCGUUGGGCACUCACCUUAGUACUGUUGCUCGUAUCCUCCCUCAUCAUCUCGGGCUGUGGAAACGCAAGCUUGACUCCCUCGAAAACUACUUCCUAACUAUCAGUACGUUAUCGCGUACUAUGGCUGAGGCGCGGUGGGACUCGCCGCAAGCGUCAUCGCAAUCAUCGACCUGUCCGCCAAGGUCGCCGUCCUCUGCCUCGAUUACUCCACUGCCGUCGGCAAUGCUAGGGCCGACACCACACGCCUCUGAAGCCGGGUAUACGACCUAGGCACAACGCUCCAAGGAGUUCGGCAUCUUCUUGAUGGCCCGGGUAGUUAAGCGCUCGCGACCGUCGCGGAGACUGGUCGACUCUGUUGGUGCCUGCACAUCAGAGCUGGCCCAGUUGCAGAGCAGGCUGGAUCCGGGUAAGGCCCGUAAGGCGAUGCGCCGUUUCGGAAUUCGAUUCGG